UGUGGUCGAACGAUAGAACACAGAAAAGGAGCAUGCGCGCAUAGGAAAUUCCAUACAAAUCUCGCCGGAGGGAUUGAAGGCAGACGGCGACACACGUCACCUUGACUUCGCCGUUCGCCGGCUGCGGUUGCACUUGCACGGCACGGCAGGGACAAGAAAAGAACGAGUCGGCCAGCUCCACAGAUGAGCCAGCCACUAUUGGCCAUAGACCCCUUCGCGCUCGCCGCAACAGAACAAGAAACUCCAUCGUCCCCUCCUCUCCUCUGCUUCUCCUCCUCUCCUCCUCCCCUCCUCUCGUGAGGACCCGACCCCCGCACGCAACCAAGCCACACACACACAGUGACACAGCCGCGCGCGCGCACCACAACCUCCUCCGUCUCUGGAUGCCACGCCACCGUUGAUGGGAACCCGCAUGGCCCUCGCGUCGUCGCCGCCGUGGUGGCUCACCACGGAGGCCUGCGACCUCCCGUCCGCGCCCGACGCGGGGCUCGCCGAGUGGGCCGGCUUCCUGUUCCUCUCCACGUGCUCGCAGCGCGUGCUGCUCUCCGCGGCGUCCGCAGCGUUCCUGCUCACGCUGCUCUGCCUCGCAGCGGGCAAGGUCGUCGCGCGUUGGCGGGAGAAGCGGAGAUAUGGAGGCGCGCUCAACGGUGGCGCCGACAAGCCGCUGCUAGAGAGAGGGGAAGCGACGGUGCGGGUCGGGGCCGUGUUCGUCGUCGCGCUGGCGGCGUCCGCGGUCCUCGCGACGUUCUACGCGGUGCUGCUCGUCCUCUCCGUCGUGUCACGGAGCGGAGAAGGUGAGGUCCUGGAGGCGGUGUUCCUGGCGCUGCAGUUCGGGGCGCACCUGGCCGCCGCGGCGUUAGUGGCGCACGAGAGGCGGUUCCGAGCGACGGCGCACCCUCUCACGCUGCGGCUCUACUGGCUCGCCGCGCCCGCUCUCAUCGCGCUCCUCGCCGCCUCGGCCGUCGCCCGCAUCGCGUCCGGGACCACCGCGCUCCCCGACGACGCGCUCGCGCUCGCCGCGCUCGUCCUGUCCCUGCCGCUCCCUCUCCUCGCCGUCUCCGGCGCGACGGGCAUCACUGUCGUCGCCGCAGCGGCCGGCCUAGGAGACGAGGAGGCCGACCCCAGCAAGGCGGACAGGAACGUGACCCCCUACGCGACGGCGUCGUGGGCGUCGCGCGCGACGUGGGCGUGGAUGAACCCGCUGGUGCAGCGCGGCCACCGCGCCGCCCUGGAGCUCUCGGACGUCCCCACCCUCGCCCCGCCGCACCGUCCCGAGCGCAUGCACGAGCUCUUCGCCUCCCACUGGCCCUCCUCCGGGGCUACCAAGGACGAGAACCCGGUCCGCCGCACCCUGCUCCGCUGCUUCUGGCCGCUGCUCCUCCUGAACGCGUCUCUGGCGGUGCUCCGGCUCACCGUCAUGUACGUGGGCCCGACGCUGAUCCAGAGCUUCGUGGACUUCACGUCGGCGGGGGCCGACGGCGAGCCCCGGCCUCUCGGGGAAGGGGUGCGGCUGGUGGCGACGCUGCUCGCGGCGAAGUGCGCGGAGGCGCUGUGCAGCCACCAGUACAACUUCCACUGCCAGAAGCUGGGGAUGCAGAUCCGGGGCGCGCUGAUCGUAGCGCUGUACCGCAAGGGGCUGCGGCUGUCGUGCUCGGCACGGCAGAAGCACGGGCUGGGCAUGAUCGUCAACUACAUGGCCGUGGACGCGCAGCAGCUCUCGGACAUGAUGCUCCAGAUCCACUACCUGUGGCUCAUGCCCCUCCAGGUGGGCGUGGCGCUGGCCCUGCUGUACACAUACCUCGGUCCGCCGGUGACGUCGGCGCUCGUCGGCGUAGCCGGCGUGAUGGUGUUCGUCCUCCUCGGCUCCCGCCGCAACAACCGGUACCAGUUCUCGCUGAUGCAGGAGCGCGACCGGCGCAUGAAGGCGACCAACGAGAUGCUCAACUACAUGCGCGUGAUCAAGUUCCAGGCGUGGGAGGAGCACUUCAACGCGCGCAUCGGCCGCUUCCGCCGCCUCGAGUUCGGAUGGCUCUCCCGCUUCAUGUACUCCAUCUCGGGCAACGUCGUCGCGCUCUGGAGCGCGCCCGUCGUCGUCUCCGCCCUCGUCUUCGCCACCUGCGUCCUCUGUGGCGUGCGCCUCGACGCCGGGCUCGUCUUCACCGCCACGUCCUUCUUCAAGAUCCUGCAGGAGCCCAUGAGGAACUUCCCCCAGGCCAUGAUCCAGGCGUCACAGGCCAUGAUCUCGCUCCAGCGACUCGACUCGUACAUGACGAGCGCGGAGCUGGACGAGGGCGCGGUGGAGAGGGAGCCCGCCGCGGCGUCGGGGUGCGAUGGGAUGGCCGUGCAGGUGAAGGACGGCGUGUUCACGUGGGACGACGAGGGGGAGGUGCUGCGCGGGAUCGACCUCGAGAUCCGGACCGGCGCGCUGGCCGCCGUGGUCGGCAUGGUCGGGUCCGGUAAGUCGUCGCUGCUCGGCUGCGUCCUCGGCGAGAUGCGCAAGAUAUCCGGCAAGGUGAAGGUGUGUGGCAGCACAGCAUAUGUCGCGCAGACGGCAUGGAUUCAGAACGGCACCAUCGAGGAGAACAUCCUGUUCGGGCAGCCCAUGCACAGGGAGAGGUACAAGGAGGUGAUCAGGGUGUGCUGCCUGGAGAAGGACCUGGAGAUGAUGGAGUUCGGAGACCAGACGGAGAUCGGGGAACGCGGGAUCAACCUCAGCGGCGGGCAGAAGCAGCGCAUCCAGCUCGCCCGUGCCGUCUACCAGGACUGCGAUAUCUACCUCCUCGACGAUGUCUUCAGCGCAGUCGAUGCACACACCGGCUCUGAGAUCUUCAAGGAAUGUGUGAGAGGUGCUCUGAAGAACAAGACCAUAGUGCUUGUGACUCACCAAGUCGAUUUCUUGCACAAUGCCGAUAUCAUAUAUGUAAUGAAGGACGGCAUGAUCGCGCAAUCCGGCAAGUACGAUGAGCUCCUCCGGGCCGGUACCGACUUCGCGGCGCUGGUCGCGGCGCACGACAGCUCCAUGGAGCUCGUGGAGAGCGUGGCGCCGGAGAGCGACCGAGAGCUGCCCGUCUCCCGGCAGCCUUCCAACAAGCACGGCGGCAAGGCGUCCAACGGCGACUCGCCCUCGUCCUCCUCCAUCGUGGCACCCAAGGCCGAGAAGGCAUCGGCUCGUCUGAUCAAGGAUGAGGAGCGCGCGAGCGGGCACGUCAGCCUCGCCGUGUACAAGCAGUACAUGACGGAGGCAUGGGGGUGGUGGGGCCCACUUCUGGUGCUCGCCGUGUCCACGGCGUGGCAGGGCACGGUGGUGGCCAGCGACCUCUGGCUCGCCGACGAGACCUCCGAGGAGAACGCCGCCUCAUUCCGGCCGUCUCUGUUCAUCAACGUGUACGCUGGCCUCGCCGCCGGCUCGGUGGUGCUCGUCUCGGCGCGGUCCUUCCUCGUGGCGUUCAUCGGCCUCCAGACCGCGGACCGGUUCUUCAAGCAGAUCCUCAACAGCAUCCUGCACGCGCCCAUGUCGUUCUUCGACACCACGCCGUCCGGCAGGAUCCUCAGCAGGGCUUCGUCGGAUCAGACUAACGUCGAUCUCUUCCUGCCGUUCUUCGUCUGGCUGAGCGUGUCCAUGUACAUCACGGUGAUCAGUGUGCUGAUCGUCACGUGCCAGGUGGCGUGGCCAUCGGUCAUCGCCAUCAUCCCUCUGCUGAUACUGAACCUCUGGUACCGGAGCUACUAUCUAUCGACGUCGAGGGAGCUGACACGCCUCGAGUCCAUCACGAAGGCUCCAGUGAUCCACCACUUCUCGGAGACGGUCCAGGGUGUCAUGACCAUCAGGUGCUUCAGAAAAGAGGAGAGCUUCUUGCAGGAGAACCUGAACCGGGUGAACUCCAGCCUGAGGAUGGACUUCCACAACAAUGGCGCGAAUGAGUGGCUCGGUUUCCGGCUCGAGCUGGUCGGAUGCUUUGUUCUCUGCUUCACAGCCUUGCUUAUGGUCACAUUGCCGAGCAGCUUGGUGAAGCCAGAAUACGUCGGUCUAUCACUCUCCUAUGGUCUAUCUCUCAACCAGGUGUUGUUCUGGGCCAUCUGGAUCAGUUGCUUCAUUGAAAACAAAAUGGUCUCAGUUGAGAGGAUAAAGCAAUUCACAAACAUUCCAUCGGAGGCCGCAUGGAGGAUCAAGGACUGCCUACCUGCUGCAAACUGGCCAACAAAAGGCGACAUUGAUAUCAUUGAUCUCAAGUUUAGGUACAGGCACAACACUCCACUAGUGUUGAAGGGCAUCACAAUAAGCAUACACGGAGGAGAGAAGAUUGGAGUUGUCGGUAGAACUGGCAGUGGGAAAUCAACGCUGAUCCAAGCAUUGUUCAGAAUAGUGGAGCCUUCUGAGGGGAAGAUAGUAAUCGACGGUGUUGACAUCUGCACUUUGGGACUCCAUGAUCUUAGGUCUCGGUUCGGUAUUAUCCCUCAGGAGCCGGUUCUCUUUGAAGGAACCAUUCGGAGCAAUAUCGAUCCGCUUGAGCAGUACUCUGACGAUGAAAUCUGGCAGGCUUUGGGUCGUUGUCAGCUGAAAGAUGCUGUGGCUUCAAAACCAGAAAAGCUUGAUGCUUCAGUUGUCGACAACGGUGAGAACUGGAGUGUUGGACAACGGCAACUGCUAUGCCUGGGCCGGGUGAUGCUGAAACGCAGCAGAAUACUGUUCAUGGAUGAGGCCACUGCUUCAGUGGAUUCCCAAACCGAUGCUGUGAUUCAGAAGAUCAUCCGGGAAGACUUUGCAGCCUGUACCAUCAUCAGCAUUGCGCACAGGAUACCAACAGUCAUGGAUUGUGACAGAGUCCUGGUUAUAGAUGCAGGACUAGCAAAGGAGUUUGACCGGCCUGCGAACCUGAUCGAGAGGCCAUCUCUCUUCGGAGCAUUGGUUCAAGAGUAUGCAAACCGGUCAUCCGACAUGUAGCCUUGGAGAUGGCAUAAUUUUUUACUCAAGAUUUGGGAGGAAAUAGGGGAUGUAAAUUUCUCGGUGUGGUGGACGAGCAAGCUGCAUUGAAGCUUCGGAUAGAACUGCGAGUCUUCAAGUGUUUUGUGAACGGUAACUGGGUCAUGUGAAAGGUCAGAGAAGGAGAAGCCACGAUCUGAUUGAAGGCAUCGAGAUGACUAAUACUAAGAAGCAGAUUUCAAGAUGUAUUUCAACCCUUUAAGCUGAAAUUUUCUACAACUGUGAGCUAAAGAUAUAAAAAUGUAUUUUUCAACUGGAAUAUUAUCGCUCGGGCAGAUUUUAUUUGGACCAGAUCAGUUGUAUGGAAUUAAAAAUCACGGAAAUCGCAAGAAAUAUUUGCUUUUCCAGAAGAA